AUGAAUUAUUUAAACACAGAAAAUAUUUUAAAAGUAGCAGGUGAAAAAAGAAGUAUCCAAAGAAAUUUAACAACAUUAUCUUCAGAAUUGUUUAAUCUUUUAUUUGCUUCUAAACUAUCUAAAAAUAAACCUUAAUAAGAAGUAAUAUAAGGGUUAGAAUUAAUUGCUAUAACUAGAAAUAAUAUAUAAACUUUACUUGACUUUGUUUACGAUUAAUUAUAAAUAGAAACUUCUGAAAAUUAAUAGAAUUUGUAAUUAAAUAAUGACGAUAUCAAAUAAUAUUUUGCUUUAAAUUCUUUACUUUUAAACAUAUUAAAUUCUUUUAAUUUACAAGUUUAAAAUACAUAAAAAAGACUAGAACUUCUCUCUGAUCUUGAUGAUCUUUUUAAAUCCGAUCUAAAUCAACAAAAACAACAAAACCAAGAAUUAUUUAAAAGCCUCAUAUUCCAAUAAUAUACCAAUACAACUCGAUUUGGUGAAAAUAUUUCAUAUUUAUUAUCAUUCGAAUCCCAUUUAAACAAUUUCUUAUCAACAAUCCAAUCUGAAUUCUUUAUAUCUAUCCAAUCUCUAGAAAAGCUUAACCGAAAACUAAACUCUAACCCAUCCAAAGUACCUAUAAAGGACGAUAAAAAGCCUAAAAAAGAUACAAAAAAGCUUUAAAUGGGCAAAGGUACCGACUAAAUAUUUUUUUAAAUUAACUCUCUUUUCGAUUUAACAAACUCAUCUUCCUUUGAGUCCUCUCGUGACUAUUUUUCUCCAUAAAACACUGAAUUUUUACAUAAAAUUGACGAAAUAUUAACCCUUCACAACUAAGAACACCGUAAACCAAAAAUCCCAAAAGGCACUCGUGACUUCACCCCUUUACAAAUGGCCAUAAGACGAAAAGCCUUUUAAAUAAUCCAAGAAACUUUCCUAAAGCACGGUGCUGUUGAAAUCGACACCCCCGUUUUUGAGUUAAAAGAGACCCUAACAGGUAAAUACGGUAACGACUCCAAGCUAAUAUACGACCUAGACGACUAAGGUGGUGAACUCCUAUCCCUUAGAUAUGAUUUGACAGUUCCCUUUGCCAGAUAUAUGGCUAAUCAAGCCAUUACAAACUUUAAAAGGUUUCAUAUAGCCAAGGUAUACAGGCGUGACUAGCCCAAUAUGACCAAAGGUAGAUACAGAGAGUUCUAUUAGUGUGACUUUGACAUCGCCGGUGUAUAUGACCCUAUGUUACCAGACGCCGAAGUCUUAAAAGUGAUCGGAGAGAUCCUUUCUAGUCUAAAAUUAGGCGCUGAUUUCAAGAUUAAAGUGAACUCCAGGAAAUUACUUGAUGCAAUGAUUUAAAUAUCAGGCGCUCCAGUUUCGAAGUUCAAGUAAAUAUGCUCUUCUAUAGAUAAACUAGAUAAGGAGCAAUGGAAAGAAGUCAGAAGAGAGUUAAUUGAAGAUAAAGGAAUACCAGAAAAAUCAGUAGAAAAACUAGGCGAAUUUGUAAAAUAUACUGGAAAUCCACUCGAGUUAUUAAAAUAAAUAGAAAAAGAUGGCAUUUUUAAUGACUCUAAAAUAGGACUAGAAGGUUUAAAGGAAAUGGGAAUGCUUUUUUCGUAUUUAUAAGCUAUGAAUGCCUUACAUUAUUGUGUUUUUGACCUUUCAUUAGCUAGAGGAUUAGAUUAUUAUACCGGCGUUAUAUAUGAGGCGGUUUUGGAAGGGGCUUAAAUAGGUUCAAUAGCAGGAGGAGGUAGAUAUGAUGAAUUAAUUGGUAUGUUUUCUAAUAAAUAAAUACCGGCUGUAGGUGGUUCUAUCGGUAUUGAGAGAAUUAUGAAUAUAUUAGAAGAAUAAUACACUAAAUUGGAGGCUAUUAGAAAUACAGAAACUUAAGUUUUGGUAUGUACAGUUGGGUAAGGUUUAUGUUUAGAAAAACUAAAACUUACAAAUGAAUUAUGGGAUAGGAAAUUUAAAGCUGAAAUUAUUUAUUCGGAAAAACCUAAACCAUAAAAGUAACUUAGUUAUGCAUUAGAAAAUUAAAUUCCAUUUAUGAUAUGGAUUGGAGAUGAGGAAUUAAAAGGAGGAUUUGUUAAAUUAAAAUGUACUUAUUUGAAAAGCGAAGAAAAUAUAUAAAGAAAUGAACUUUUAGAUAUUCUUUAGUAAAAACUUGAUAGUUAUUAUACUGAUUUGCUUAAUGGUAAAGUAAUUUUUGAAAAAGAAGCUAAAGAAAAUAAAGAAUGACUUUUUUUUAUAAUUAUAUA